AUGUUUUUAGUGGGAAGUUUAAUUAAUUCACGAUUAUCCUUGUGCUAUUUUAAGAAAAUAAGUCUUGCUUCUUAUGGUUAUUUUUAUCCAGGUGCUUAUCCCGAGCAGUUCAUGAUUCUUUCAACUCUUAACAAAAUCUACGCUGUUGAUAUUCUAACGGGAGAUAGUCUUGUUAGGGUCAUUGAUGACUCCAGAAAAGAGGCUUCUGCAACAAACUCUAACCAUGAUAACAUCGAGAUUGACGUGACUGAGAAUAAAAUUUACUUCAUUCAUCAGAAAGACAUUAAACGAAUGAGCUUUGAUUUUACUGAUCUUGAGAUUUUUGCCAAAAAUGCCAGUGCUCAUGAUAUAGCUGUUGACUGGAUUGGUCGUCGUAUUUUCUACGUACAGUCAAACAAUCUAAUUCACCAAAUUACUUUCCACGAUAAGAAGACAAGCAUUAUGAAGCUUACACCUGGUAUAAAAUUUUACGAAAUAACAACAGAUCCGUUAAAAGGGUUUCUCUUCUUGGCAGAGAGUAAAGAACGUUCCAUUUGGAUAUGUAGCACAGCUUCAAAUAAGCAUUUGAUUUCAUCAAUUCGUCUUGAUUUACUACCACAUGAUUUAUCACUUGACACAACCAAGAGGAAGUUGUAUUGGAGAGUUACCAAUGGAGAAGUGUUUUCUUGCGAUUACCACGCAAAAAACAUGAUCCUUACGACAUCUAGAAUCUCACAAAAGUAUUUUGGAAGUUUUAUCUACAUGAUGGAGAGAAAAGACGUAAUAAGUAUACGUAACAUCACUGAUCUACGACUGAUUCGUAAAUUUGAAGUUCCUCCAAACAUAAGUUAUCAUGGUUUUGCUCUUGUUAGCCAUUCUAUUCAAGAAUCAAAAGCAAUAAAGACGUUUGACUUUCCCAAAUAUGGUCCCAAUUCAUACUACUUUAAAAUGAAUGGAGCUUUGGAAUGCACAUGCGCGAAAGGAUACAAAGGAAAAUGCAAUUUAUGUUUAGCCCCAAAAGUGGAUAUAAUCUUCAUGAUUGAUAGAUCUAGUAGUAUUCGCUAUGCUGAUUUUCAGUUGGUGCGACAGUUUCUUAUUUCUAUUGGAGAAAGAUUGAGGGUUGGUGAGCGCGAUUCUUCAGGGAAAAUAAUUGGUCAAGCGGCUAUCGUUACAUUUAGUGAACAUGGCAUGGUGGAGCUAACAUUGAACAGCAGUCAGAGUCCAGGAUGGUUUAGAUAUAUUGUGAACAGUAUGCCUGGACCACUAAUAGGAGGACGAACCAGGACCGAUCUUGGAUUGGCUGUAGCUGACUCUAAGGUAGUUGUGAAAUCUGCUGGGUAUCGGGAGGAUGAUCCAGACGUUACAAAAUUUUUUAUGGUUCUUACCGAUGGAAGACAGACAAGAAGUAGAGGAUACAUAUACGUCCGAGAAGCAAUGCAGCCAUUCUUUAAACGUAGAAAUUUAAAUAUCUUUGCUGUGGGCAUCGGCCCAUUUGUUGAUUAUGAAGAAGUUAAAGAUAUGGUGAAAGAUGAAGAGAGCGCUUUCUUUCUGAGAGAUUUUGAAGACUUAAUGAAGACUGAUAAAAUAACCAUGGAAUUGAUCUACAAACUGUUUAAUGUUUCUUUCAUAUGUGCUUCCCAAAAAGACGACUGUCAUCCUUCUUUUGCCAAAUGUACAGACACAUCUCCUGGGAAGUAUACGUGCAAGUGUAUUGUUGGCUACACUGGAGAUGGUAAACAGUGUAUUCGAAAGAACCUCCAACUGAUUGGAGACGGGAAGUUUUACGAAAAAUUCAUGAAAAUUCCUUCAAAAGAAGCUUCUGCCAAUCAUUUACUCACGAAUUUCCUUCAUCUUAAAAAUGGUGUGCGAAAUAAGACACAGAAAUUUUUCGAAGACAUUGUCAUUUUACUGGAUUCAUCUGGAUCCAUCCGAUCUCGUGAAUUCAAGAAGGGGAAAUGCGCUUUAAAAUAUCUCAUUAAUGCUGAAUUACCUGACAGUUACAACAUUUACUGGGCUGGUGUUCAGUACUCUUACGACGCAACAAUUAUUUUUGAUUUCGUUCCUACUUCUCAAGCUGCAAACAAAUCUCACUCAUUUACAUAUGAGGGUCGCGCAACAAACACUGCUGAAGGCUUAAAAGGAGCAAAACAGCUAUUUGAUGGCCCAAGAAGAGGAAGUCGUCCCGGAUCAUGGAAAAAGGUGUUGCUUGUCACUGAUGGACUAUUCAAUGUAAACAAAAUGCUAUCAUUGCAUAAUGCAUAUGAAUUGAAAUACGCUCGAAUUGAAAUCUUCGUUAUCGUUAUUGGAAAUUUCCCACGUGAUAUUGAAGAAAUUCUUAAUAUUGCUUCACCACCACCACAAGAUCAUGUUCUUAGGAUUAGAAGCUAUAGUGAUUUCAUCGAUGUAGUGCUACUUGCCAUUAAGAAAAUCAGUCCUAUUCAACAUAAAAGACUACAGAGUUUUCCACCUCCUUGUUAA